AUGGCAGCUUCUGUCACAAACUGGCGCGUCUCAGGGGAGGUAUCAAUGUCGGACCAUAUGCACAUAGAAUUCGACAUUGGCCACUUUCCUGAGCAUGAACUAGUUUUUAGAAAUCCCAGAAAAACGAACUGGGAAUUCUUUCGCUUUAUCAUGGAAGAAGGUGGAAACAGCCAUGGUGGUCAAAUUACGACUGCGCACGAGCUUGAAACUGAAGCUGAACAGCUUCAUUCAGACAUUGGAAUAGCUUUCAAUAGUAGCUGUCCCCAAGGAAAGGAUCGUGAUCGUGCACUGCGUGAACUGAUCUGCCCACGUGAGCGACUUGAAGCACAACGUAUCAAUGAUAUAACAAACUCCCACUUCAAAUCUCUUCAAAUUAUCAACAGCAUUCGCACAGACAAUAAUGAGAACAACGACAUUGAGUUGCUGCCACUUGGUGAAACCACCUACGGUUCGGGCAGCAGCAGCGACGUCUCUGAGCAGGUGCCAACGGAAAAGAAUACCGUGCAGCGACUCAUCGAACAAUUCAAUGUGGAUGAGCUUAUGCAAGCCGACGAAGGCACAAUGCCCAUGAGUAGCUACCACAUACCAGGCGAGAUCCCUAAACCAGUGAAGAAGGCGUCUAAGAAGGUGAUCGUAACCAAUAGUGGCGAUUAUCAGAAAAAGUACCGUGGACAAAAAUACGAUGAGAGCAUUCAGCUUCCGCCACCAACGCCGAAGCCAAAGAAGCAACAGCAGUUGCUGGCUUUGGAAGACAUGAUGAUGGGCGAUCAGCCACAGCAAAGCGGUGAACCGGAAAUGAUAGAACACAUUGGCAUCGAAGAAGACGAAGUUUCUAAUGAGAUAACUGAAUCAUUACCGCAUAAGAAAAAAGUACUGCCACAGGACUUAAAAACAAUGGCACCCAUUACAGAGAAGUCUUCGGAGGAGAUGGUUAGUGAAGAAAAGCAAGCUCAUCAUUUCAAGGAAGAGAUGGAAAAGAGAUUAGUAUUUGACACAACUAUAGCAGCUUCCAGUACAGCAGGUAGCACUACUACUGUGCCAGCAACAACCACUACUACAACUACAACUACAACAACUACCACCACAGCAGCUGCAACGACAACCACUGCCCCCAGUAGCACUGUGACACCAAUUCUGAGCACAUCCACGACUACUCACAAACCGAAUGAAAACCAAGCUACAAUAACAACAGAGCAGGCUGUUCUCAUUUCAAAGAGUGAUGCAUCGCCUAGCACUAUUAGAUCUUCGGAAACCGGCCCGAACCUAAUAGUCCAUACCUCAACAGCCACUCCUACGCAUCCAACCGACUUAGAUGCGCACGCCUUCACCAGUAGCACGCUCGCUUCCCACACAUCGCACACUGAAUCACCUGCAACCAUAGGUCAUCCUAUUCACCCACAGCAACAGCAAGCACACGGGAUCAUUAUUUCCGACGAAUCGCAACAUUCACACAUGAAAGAAUCAGCAGACAAUUCACACUUUAUUCCACCAAUGUUGAUGGUGAAGUCACAUUAUGUACCACCGCUGAAGCAUAGUGACCAUCCAAGUGGGGAACAUUAUGGCACCGGAAUGCAUGAGGGAGCGGCGCCUGCGCACCCUGGUCAUGGAGAUUUUCGAGGAAAGCCCAGUGACGACAUGUCUCAUCACAGCACCGCAAUCAACCAUGUUCCCGCUGAACCAGCAACCCAUCACAUAGCAACUGCCAAAGCUGAUGUAGCUGACAUUGAAGCGAAGACCACAAUAACAGUGACGACCACAAUGGCGACAUUAAAAUCAGAAACAACAACAGCAGCCUCAGAGGGAACAUCAGCUCAUAGUGACGAGUUGACAAAGGAAGCAACAGAUAAAUUGGCAGCACUGGCACAAGAACACAAGCAGCAACACUCAAAUGCCAAGUUAAUUGACAGCACCGCUGCAACAGCAAAUCAAAAGCAGCAACAGAGCGGUAAACAAUCUGUUACAAAAGCUCAUUCGCAAGUAGCAAGUGAGAAAAUUGAAGAUGCCGAAGAUAUUGUAGUAGAAACAACAACAACAACAACAACAGAUGCACCUACAACAACAACAACAACCCAAUCGGCAACGAGCGCUUCCGCUGCUAACAAGCAUAUUUCAACGGCAACACCAACCACCACGACGACAGCAACUACAAGAAGGACGACAGCAACAUCGACAACCACAAUGAAAUCCGCUGACGUCAGCUUGACACAUGAAAUUGAGAAGCCAGUUAAGCGAGAUCCGCAGACAAAGGCAGUUGAAGAGCUAACAAAAGAAACGUCAGGGAAGGCAUCUAAUACAGCAGCGGAAGUGUCAGCCACCAUCAUCACAACAACAGUAACGGCGAAGACAGAUAAGUUGCAAGCAAUAAAAGUCGCCGACUCAAAUCGCAAGCUGGAGGUUGAAGAAACAACUGCAAACUCACCAGCAGCCGCAGUAGUAGAAUUGGCGCCACAAAAUGCAACCCCGACAACUGGCGCGCCAUCAGCACCAACCUUGGCUACAGUCACAACAACUACUGCUUCCAUUGCUGCUUCCGCUUCCGCUGUAACCGCCACAACAUCCACACAUACAAUAACAACAACAAGAGUAUGUAAUAGUAACACAGAUAUGGACUUGUCGAGUUCUGAGGAAAGCUCUGCAGCAAUUGAAGAUACCGAAGGCAAUAAGAAGCUGACGCGUACACAUCGCACUUGUCAGCCGCGCAUCGAGAAGAACAGCAGCAGCAGCAGCAGCGGCAAGCAUACGAAGCAUCAUGCCACAACCGCCGAACCACCAACGCCGACACGCAAUUUCUUGAAGGAAGCAACAGAUACGCCUUAA